UGCCUGAUGCGAAGAGUAAUCGUAGAUGUCGAUGUUGGAACAGACGACGCAUGGGCGCUGCUGUUGCUACUAAAAUGUGAACGGAAGUUCAACCUAAAAGUUGACGCAAUAACCUGCACGCACGGAAAUACGGAUGUGUUGAAUUCGUCACGCAAUGUAUUGCGAAUUUUAAAAGCAAUUGAUAGAAUGGACAUUCCGGUUUACAGAGGAGCCAGUGACCCAAUAAUUACGCCGGCUCCAGAACGAGAGGAACACUUCCAUGGAGUGGAUGGGUUUGGAGAUCUCGAAUUUGAACAGCCAGACGACAGUUUAAUACAGCCAGAACAUGCCGUUAAUGCAUUGUUUCGUAGAAUCGUUGCUUCACCGGGGGAAAUUUCAUUAAUUUUCGUGGGCCCACUGACGAAUCUAGCUUUGUGUUUAAAAAUGUAUCCAGAAGUGCGCGAGAAAAUGCGUGAUCUAUAUAUAAUGGGAGGAAACCGUCAUGGAGUUGGUAAUGCAACCAAAGCGGCUGAAUUUAACUUUUGGGCGGACCCAGAAGCGGCGCACAUUGCCUUUAACAACGUGCAGUGCCCUAUAACACUGUUGCCGUGGGAGACGUGCGUAUCUGAACACAGGGGACUGGAUAUGGGGUGGCGAUUGGAUGUCCUUGGAAACAGUACUAAUCGGGCUGUUCAAAUGCUAAAUCUGGUGGAAGCAAAGUGUUACAGCGAUUGGAUGAUGUGGAUGCCGUGCGAUGCAUUUUUGGCGGCUGUUUUCAUUAAACCCGACAUCGUUCGUGACUCAGAGAUUUUUCACGUCGAUAUUGAAUUAACAGGCAAAUUAACACGGGGACAAGUAGUUCCGGACCAUUUAAAGACCAACAAAGAAAAUACUCGAAUCGUGAAUAAGCUAGAUAUGGAUCAAUUUAAAAUACUCAUGAUGUAUGCUGCCGAUCAUGACGUUGAGCAGUCGCUGUAG